CUAAGAUAAGUAACAGUGGUAAUUAUUGUGUAUCUAGUGAUAAAUAAUAUAAUUAUAAUAUGAAGAUAAACAUGGCAGUAGUCGAGGUACCAGGGCUUCGUGCAGUUGUACUAGUGUGUUAUUGCGAACUGUGUCUCGGAGGGGAAAUCUCGCAGUCUUGUGAGUCUUGUGACCGGCGAGCGCCUGCAUCGCUCCAAUUUUCCAAUUCCACAUAAUACGUGAUAAUCGUCUGCAUCCGUCCCGCUUCUUGACACUUUAAACUAAGAUAAUAACAUUUACUGAUGCUAAGAUGGACGUGGAAGCUGUGCGUGAUGAUAUAAGUAUCGAAGAUGGAAGUUUUAUUGUUUACACGAAUAUUUUCUACACGGUUAAACAAUCAAGCAGCGUUUGGCGGAAGAAAAAAGCUGUAACAGAUGAUAUUUUCAAUGAUUCAAAUGUCAUACUCCGGGGAGCAUCGGGUGCCCUCAGACCUGGGCGGAUGACCUUCAUCCUAGGACCUUCUGGUGCCGGCAAGACCACAUUACUCAAAAUCCUCGCUGGAAGGAAAAAGACAGGUGUAACUGGAUGUUUGUACGGUGCAGGUCGCAGCUCCGUGCUGGUGGCUCAGGAUACAACCCUCAUUGACACACUCACUGCUGGAGAGACCCUCAAGUUUGCUGCAAGUCUCAAGCUGCCCAAUGUUUCGCAUAGGGAAAGAACAAAUGCGAUCACUACAGUAACGAAGCAGCUAGGUAUACAUGAUGUCCUGAACACCAGAGCCGGUAGACUGUCAGGUGGAGAACGAAAAAGGCUGAUAAUAGCCUGCGAGUUGCUCACAGAUCCUACUAUCAUGCUGUUGGAUGAGCCUACCAGUGGAUUAGAUGCUGUCUCGUCAUUGUCCGUGGCCAGGGCUCUUCACACAGUCGCCCGCAGCGGGAGAACUAUAGCCUGCGUUCUCCACCAACCUUCAUCACAACUCUUCAACAUAGCUGAUGACGUCAUUGUGUUGGCUAAUGGCCGGUCGUUAUACGCGGGAGCCAUAGCCGACAUUCCCAGUGCACUCACAAGAGCAGGCUUCAUGUGCCCACAGUAUUAUAAUAUAGCUGAUUAUUUGUUAGAAGUAGCAAGCAACGAGCACCCUGGAGACAUGAAUCUCUUGGAACACGAAGCCAACAGUUACGCUCACGAGAUGAGCAAGAUUGCAAAGAACGAAAUUUGCAAUGGAAAAGGAACAGAUUUAUCACCAGAAUCUGUAGCUCUGCUGAACCCAAGUCCUACACCUUCGAAUGGAUACGCCGCCAGCGUGUGUCAGCAGCUCAGUGCCCUUCUAUGGAGGUGUUACAUAGGAGUGGUUAGAGAUGUUUACUUGACACAGAUUCGGCUGAUAUGUCACUUCGUCGUGGCAUUAUUGCUGGGUGCAUUAUACAACGGCGCAGGCGCAGACGCAGGUCGAAUGAUGUCAAACACUGGAUGUCUGUUCUUCUUCCUUCUGUUCCUCUUCUUCUCGAAUGCGAUGCCAACUAUUCAUACAUUCCCUGUGGAAGCUAAGGUGGUACUGCAUGAACACUUGAAUAAGUGGUACUCCUUGCCAGUGUAUUGUGCUUCUAAAAUCAUCGUGGACUUACCUAUACAAUUAUUAUGUGCGACAGUAUUCCUAUUUCCCGCCUGGUAUUUAACUUCACAACCGCUUGAACCAGAGCGCAUGGCGUUAGCGUGGCUCACGUGUGCUCUAGUCACCAUACUCGCUCAGACAUUUGGAUUCGUCGUGGGCGCGUCGUGUGGAAUGAAGCUGGGACUGUUCGUGAUUCCAGCGGCAAACAUUCCAAUGUUGAUGUUCUCCGAAUUCUUCAUACCUUACCGUGAGAUGCCGGUAUAUCUUCGCCCCUUCGCUACUAUCUCAUACUUCCGAUACGCAUUUGACGCUUUCCUGGAAACCGUAUAUGGGAUGGGCAGAGGAAAACUACCAUGCUAUGAUGUAUUUUGCAUGUUCAAGGACCCUGUAAAACAUCUAGACUUCCUAGGCCUUUCUAGGAACCUACAUGCUGAUUAUUUAGCUUUAGUCCUAUGGAUAGUUUUGUUACAAAUAGCAUUAGUAAUUGUUUUACUACUACGGGUAUAUAAGGCUUGUAGAUAAGAGAAAGUUACUGAUGUUUAGUCUAGGUAAAUAAAUGAAGAUUACUUGCUAAAUCUCACAGUGAAAGAACCUUGUUUUAUGUACAUUACGUAUCUAUAAGUUGACCUGUUCACUUUAAUUCUAAACAGAGCAAGCAAUGAACAACAUUUAAUACUUACGUUGAUCUGAUAAGAGUGUGUAGUUAUCUAGAGUACUUUUAAGUACAAAUAAUGUGUAAUUUUAUGAUUUUAUAUUGAUGUUUGUAUUGUAAGUAAUUGAAUGAAACUUAUUAGUGAGAUUUAUGUAUUUAUUUUAUACUUUUUUAAUUGGGUAGUUUUCUAAGUCAAACAAAUAUUAUUUCAACUUGUUAAAACCAUGAAAAUAUUUAUAAAUUAUCCGACCUUGAAAUUAUUAAUAAAUUUUACGACAUUCAGUAUAUCGUAUGUUCGAGUUUUUAGAUAAUUAAAAAAAAUAAGUAUGCUGUUCGAUGUAAAAAAUAAUACGUCAAGUGCUGAUAGAACAAGCAUAGAAAAAUGACGUUCUUUACGUUUGACUUGAAUUGAAACCUACCCUAUUACAUACUUAUAUUUCUUGGCAAAAUAUAUUUUUAUUUUUUCGUAACAUCAAUGGGAAGGUAAGAUGAUUAAAUCGUUAUUUCGGAUUAGGAUAGAUAUGGAUUGACCAGGGCGCUAUGAAAUGUACUAUCAACAAAAGUCCUGUCUGCUUUAUUUGACUCCCUCUAAGGUAGUUAUUCAAGUACAUAAACAGUUAUGCUAACUAUACCUACUAUAAAAUAGAAAUAAUAAUCACACGAGUACAAAACCCCUAGAAAAAUAUUUGCCGAUUUUUUAUGUAGUUAACCUCAUCAUAUUUUUUCUUAAUAUAUUUCCACUCAUUGUUAGAGACAUAAUUUUUGUUGAUAGUACUUUUCUCUCAAUGAAUUUAUUUGAUUAAAAAAUGCAAAUGACAUGAAAUUAUUUAUUCCGUCGAUAAUAUUGUACAAUUGAUUUUGUUUAUUAAUAAUGUUUCUUUUAUAUCAUAAAUUAUAAUAUGUAUAAUCGGUACAAUUUUCACAACAUUGUCUCAGUUAAAUUAUUGUUUGAUAACACUUAAAUUGUGCCAACAAUACAUGGUUCAAAGGGCAAUUAGAUAACAGACUUGGUGAUAACCAGUAGGUAUUUCCCGGUACAAUGGUCAGUACUUGAAACUAGUAAAAUUGUUCAAUAAAUUCGCGACUUUAUUUCAAAGAAAUAAAGCUGAAAAUGUAUGGAAGGAAAUCGACAGAUAGUCGCACAAUCGAUUUACGAAUACCUACAUAAAUUAGAAUCCGUUAAUUUGUGCGUCAGUGCAAUUUUCAAUUUUAGCGUCUUGGCAAAAAAUGCAAAUUUCAUUGCAAAG